GUAAUCGCAACAGUUAACCUAACCUAGUUUUACAAUCCUUCCUCAGAAUAAGCCACCCCCACCCCAGCCCUGAACAAAACCAGCCGGAGACUGUACUUUCGCCUUUUUCCUCCUGCAGCCGAGUCGCUCACAGUCCCCUGUCAAACUGGAGACUCCCAGAGAGAAAAUCAUUUGACUCCUGGGGACACCUGUAAUUCUCCCAUGGACAAAAUGAGCACAGCUGUGGCCCUACUGAGGCGAAUGGACGACAAGGCAGGGGAGGAGGAUGCCAUUUUUCUGUGUGAAGAUGAGGAGCAACAAGAUAGAGAUCUGUCAGCUGAAGAUAGAAUAUUUUUGCAAGAGUUUCCCACCAUUAAAAGGAAACUGGAAGUGGCCAUCCAAAAGAACCUCUCCCUUGCAGACGACAUCGACAGAGCCCACAAAACAUUCGCCACGACCCAAGUGGUGACCAGCUCCAUUGCUGUCGUCUCAAGUGUGAUGAGCUUCCUGGGUUUAGCCCUGGCUCCAGUGACAGUGGGAGGAAGCCUGGUGCUUUCUGCUGCUGCCACAGGGGUGGGGACAGUAGCCGGGGCCACCAGCAUAUUGACCAAAGUUUUGGAACAUCGUCACAAUGAAAGAGUCCAAGCUCAGGUCAGCAGCCAAGUGUCCACCUGUGACCAAGAGGUAGGGAAGCCUGUAGACAAGCUAGCCUCCUAUUUUCUGACUCUCUGUAACCAAGGAAAAAACAUGAAGAGCAUCAAGAAGAACAUGGAUGCAUUGCAGGUAGCCAGAGCCCACCCACGCCUGGCCACUGCUGCCAAGCGUCUCCUAACCACUGGCCAAGUCUCAGCCCGCCAUACCAGACAGGUGCAAAAGGCCUUUGCGGGUACAACGCUGGUGCUGAAGAGAAGUACUUACUUGCUGGGUGGUGCGACGGCUCUCUUAGGCCUCGGCACAGAGCUGCACUCUCUCCUGAAUGAGUGGAAGGACCUGAAAGAGGGAGCAAAGGCAAAGUAUGCGGAAGUGCUGAGGGCCCAUGCCUCGGAGCAGGAAAGAAAGCUGGCACAACUCACCCAGCAUUAUGAGAGGCUGAGGAAGAAGCCAUCAGGUGGAACACCAGAGGGAAUCACCUCCUGCGAGUUCCACAUCAUCCCAGAGGCACUUGCGGGUGAGCACCACGGGAACUCCAUGGGGAAGCUGAGGCUUUCCCCCAACGAGGCUUCUGCCCAUUGGAUGCCCAGUGAGGUCAGCAGCAGCCCCCUCCACCUGCGCCGGGGCACCACCCGCCUACUUUCUGUGUCUAUGAAUCUGACUCCUCCAGGAGGUGAAGCUGCACCUCUUCUGGCCCAGGAGCCAUUGUCACCUGUAGAGACAGAAGAGCCAACGAGCCCCCAGAGGCACCAUGAUCACAGCACCAGCUGGAACCAACUCAGGAAGUUGACCGCAGCACCCACACAAUCCAAUGGUGUCGACUUCGGAAACCCCAGACCCUGGCCCUGUCCCCUGAAUGUGUUCAAGAACUCAGAUGACCUAGAAGGUUUUAGCCUCACAGGUGAGCCUGCCCCAGAGGUGCAACAGUGA